AUGGAAACAGCAUUUUCCAAGACAGUUGAUGAAGUUUUAAAUCAUUUCGAUUCAGAUCCAGAAACUGGUUUAAGUGAUGAUCAAGUUAAAAAACAAACUGCAAAAUUUGGUCCAAAUGAACUUCCUGCUGAAGAAUCUAAAGCAAUUUGGCAACUUGUCCUUGAACAGUUUGAUGAUUUACUUGUUAAAAUUUUAUUAUUGGCCGCAAUUAUCUCAUUCGUACUUGCUUUAUUCGAAGAGAAUGAAGAAAGUAUAAGUGCAUUUGUGGAGCCACUUGUUAUUCUUCUUAUAUUGGUCGCUAAUGCUGUAAUUGGUGUCUGGCAAGAACGUAAUGCUGAAUCGGCUAUUGAAGCAUUAAAAGAGUAUGAACCGGAGAUAGCUAAAGUAUUUCGAAAAAGUCAUUAUGGUAUUCAACGAAUUAAAGCCAGAGAAUUGGUACCAGGUGAUAUUGUUGAAGUAUCAGUUGGUGAUAAAGUACCGGCUGAUAUGAGAAUAAUAAAAAUUAUGAGUACAACAUUAAGAGUGGAUCAAUCCAUUUUAACUGGUGAAUCUGUAUCUGUAAUUAAAUUCACUGAUGCUGUACCAGAUCCAAGAGCGGUUAAUCAAGAUAAAAAGAAUAUUUUAUUUAGUGGAACUAAUAUUGCAGCUGGUAAAGCAAGAGGUAUAGUAGUUUGUACUGGUCUUAUGACUGAAAUUGGUAAAAUUCGUAAUCAAAUGAUGGAUACAGAACCAGAUAAAACACCAUUACAACAAAAAUUAGAUGAAUUUGGACAACAGUUAUCAAAAGUUAUUUCAAUUAUUUGUGUCGCUGUAUGGGCAAUUAAUAUCGGACAUUUCAAUGAUCCAGCACAUGGUGGUUCUUGGCUAAAAGGUGCUAUUUAUUAUUUUAAAAUUGCUGUCGCCUUAGCUGUUGCUGCUAUUCCUGAAGGUUUGCCAGCUGUGAUUACAACGUGCUUAGCAUUGGGCACACGUAGAAUGGCUGCUAAAAAUGCGAUUGUCCGUUCACUUCCAUCGGUUGAAACAUUGGGUUGUACAAGUGUUAUUUGCUCCGAUAAAACAGGUACACUGACUACAAAUCAAAUGAGUGUAUGCAGAAUGUUCAUCUUUUCUAAAGCUGAUGAUAAAGCACCAGAAGUGCAUCACUUUGAAAUAACUGGAUCUAAAUAUGCACCAGAAGGUGAAGUAUUUUUAAAUGGUCAAAAAGUUGAAUCUGGUGAAUAUGAUGGGCUUGUUGAAAUUGCAAAUAUUUGUGCUAUGUGCAAUGAUUCAGCUAUUGAUUAUAAUGAAUCUAAGCAUGUUUAUGAAAAAGUUGGUGAAGCAACAGAAACUGCAUUAUGUUGUUUGGUUGAAAAGAUGAAUGUUUACAAGACUUCAAAAUCUGGAUUAUCCAAGAAAGAUUUAAGUAUGGCUUGCAAUCAUCAAAUUCAGGCCAUGUGGAACAAAGAUUUCACUCUAGAAUUUUCACGUGAUCGUAAAUCAAUGUCUGUUUACUUACAAGCUAAACCAGCGUUUUCAUCCAAAGUCCCAGCUACUGCAGGUUCCGGAGAGACAGGACCUAGAAUGUUCGUUAAAGGUGCGCCUGAAGGUGUAUUGGAUCGGUGCACAUUUGUACGUAUAGGCAAUAAGAAAGUACCCAUGACACCUACAUUGAAAGCUGAAAUAGUGAAACAUGUAGCAUCUUAUGGAACUGGUCGUGAUACGCUAAGAUGUUUGGCUUUAGCAACGUGUGAUGCGCCAGUGAGUAAAGCACAGAUGGAUUUGGAAGAUUCGACUAAAUUUGUUAAAUAUGAACAAAAUUUAACAUUUGUUGGAGUUGUCGGUAUGUUGGAUCCACCACGUAUGGAAGUAUUUGACAGUAUAGCAAGAUGUCGUAAAUCUGGUAUACGUGUUAUUAUGAUAACUGGUGAUAAUAAAGCAACAGCUGAAGCUAUUUGUCGACGUAUUGGUAUUUUCGGUGAAGAUGAACCAACUACGGGGAAAUCUUUUACAGGACGUGAAUUUGAUGCAUUACCAAUUGAAGAACAAAGAGAAGCAUGUAGACGAGCAAGAUUAUUUGCACGUGUUGAACCUAUGCAUAAAAGUAAAAUUGUAGAAUUUCUUCAAGAAGAUGGUGAAGUAUCUGCUAUGACCGGUGAUGGUGUAAAUGAUGCACCAGCAUUGAAAAAAGCAGAAAUUGGCAUUGCUAUGGGAAGUGGACGUGCUAUUUAUAAUAACAUGAAACAAUUUAUUCGUUAUUUAAUUUCAUCAAAUAUUGGUGAAGUUGUCAGUAUCUUUUUGACUGCUGCAUUGGGUCUACCUGAAGCACUGAUUCCAGUACAACUACUUUGGGUCAAUUUAGUCACUGAUGGUUUACCAGCUACAGCUUUGGGAUUUAAUCCACCUGAUUUAGAUAUUAUGGAACGUCCACCACGAAAUAUUAAAGACCCUUUAAUUUCUGGUUGGUUAUUUUUCCGUUAUGUUGCAAUUGGUGUUUACGUUGGAUGUGCAACAGUUGGUGCAGCUGCUUGGUGGUUCAGUCUUUAUCCUAAAGGACCACAAUUGAAUUACUAUCAGUUGACUCACCAGUCUCAGUGUCUAGCUCAGGAAUCUCGUUUUGAGGGUGUAGACUGUUCUAUCUUCAGUCAUCCAAAGCCUAUGACAAUGGCUUUAUCUGUUCUGGUUCUUAUUGAAAUGUUAAACGCUAUGAACAGCCUUUCAGAGAAUCAAUCACUGGUUGCUAUGCCUCCAUGGGUAAAUAUAUGGCUUGUACUGGCUAUGAUUGUUAGUAUGUCAUUGCACUUCUUGAUUUUAGAAGUUGACUUUCUCUCAAAAGUCUUUCAAAUCACUCCAUUAUCAUUGGAAGAAUGGUUUAUGGUAGUUAAAAUCUCUGCACCAGUAAUAUUUAUUGACGAAAUAUUAAAAUUAAUUGCCAGGCGGUUUACGGAUGUUCCUACCAAUAUCGGUGAAUUGAAGUAAUCAUGAUAAAAAACAAUAAUGAAAAUUCUAUUAAGUCGAAUAAAACAACAUCCUUUAUCCUAAUUCCCCUUUUCUUCAAAACAAACAAAGCAACAAAAAAAGAUCUCAUUCUAAUAACAGUUUACAAUUCAUUUCUUUAACACUCUUCCUAUCUACACCUUGUUCCUAAAAAAAAUACAAAAAAAAGAGAAAAUGUUUUCGUCACAAAACUCUCCUUAGAUUUCUUUCUUCAUUUAUUCAUCAAAUUGUUUACAUUUUUCAAAGUAGUCAAUAAUUACAUUAUACAAAACAUUUAUUUCAUAUUUCAAUAGAAUCAGCUCAAUUUUAUUUGAACAAAUGUAAUAAUAGUGUUAUUUGAAAUCAAUCCGUUACAUAACUAAUGGAAUAUCACUUCAUAUAGAUCUAUGUUAUCUGUUAACGUUUUGAUAAACUACGACUAUAUUAAGGUUUGAAAUUAUAUAUAUAUUAUGUAAUAGUAAAAUGAUACACAUCUUGAAUUCAAUAUACUUUUUAAACUCUUGGAUUGUUUAUUUAAACCAAAUAUACAUUAGAGAAUAAUGUUAACUAACUAAUUACUUACGAACGUUGUUUUUUUAUUCUUCUCAAAUAAACAUGAUAUCUAUCCGUUAGUAACCCAAUAGAAAUAAAAUAUUUGUUUACAGUGCAAUGGUUUGUUUGUUUGUUUUUUCUCUCGAAAAUAAUUCACUAACUAUACAAUAUAUGUUUCUACUCCCUAAAUUCUGAAGUUGAAGUAUUCAAUUUUCAUUUCUUCUAUCCAGUAGCUCAAUCAUCUUUUUUCUUAGAAAUCCUUUUUGUUUUUUUUUUAAGAGGGAGGGUUGUUUUUUUCUAUUUUUCGAUUUCCCAAUAGUUUCUUUAUUUUUUUCUGUGAAGUAAAUUUUGUUAUGUUGGUCUCUUUAUCACUCUCUUUCUUUCCUUUAUGUUUCAUGAAAGAGUAUUUAAUUAUAAGGAUUUUUCAAUUAGUUAGAACUAUGUCAUCAUCAAAAAGGAAUAGUUGGAAAAUCUAAAACAAAAAAUCUCUUCUUUUUUUAAAACGUAAUGUCUUUGGAACAAAAGAUAACAUUUCGACUAUUCAAUUAACAUGAAACGAGGAUCAAUUACUUUAUGACUGAUUUAUUCAAUCUAAUCAGUUUUCAUAUAUUCACUUUCAUGUUCAUUAUUGAUUAGAAAAAAAAGAUUUACAUUGUAAUUUUAACAAAAAAGUUCCCCCUAUUUAAAAAAAAUGAGGGAGAAAGAGAGAGAUAAGGAGAGAGAGAGAGAGUCACAAAAGAGAUAAGAAUACCAUUUUUCUUGUAAUGUCCAAUUGAUUAACAUCAUUUACUAAUUGAGACAAUAAUCAAUUAACAUACAUUUAUCAUUGACAAUAAUCAAAUAAUAAUCAUACAAAAUUGUAGAAAACAAAUUUGAUUUCUUCUUUGUUUGUUUGUUUAUUUGUUUUUCACAAUAGUUAUAGUUAUUUACAUAGAUUAAAAUUAUUACUAUUAUUAUGUUCUUCAAUAUUGAACCCGUGUCCUUUGAAUAUAUAUAUAUAUAUAUAAUGAU